UGCAGCAAAUGCCGCGACCUACAUCAGCUCAGUCAGAACAAGACGAUGGGGCCGAUUUGUUGCUGCAGGAAGAGUAUGACCGGCUUAUGCAUCAAGUACGCUUGGUGGAAAACGAACAACACAAAACUGCAACUGAAACCAACGUGAAAUUAAGAAGAUACCACAAAGUGGUUGAGCACUUGAGCAAAGAAAAUGAAGAACUGACCGUAUUGCUCACUCUAGCUCACAGUGAUCAAAACAAAAAGAAGGAUGUAAAGGCGACGGACGAACUGAAACAUCAGCUUGAGCAACAGGAGGUGGUCUCACAAAAGAUUGAAAAUACUAAGCGUUAUCAUCAACUAUUGGACGCUGAGAUUCGCAAAUACGAAAAACUGCUCCGGGCAAAACAACAGCAACGUCCAAACCAGUCAAAAGUUGAGGACACUCGUGAAGUAACAUCACUGAUUGAGAACAAAACCCUUUCCAUGGAACGUAACCUUCACACAAAAACGGUCAAGUUCUGUGAGACGAUGACAGAAAACGCGCAUCUUAAGUCUGAUAUUGAGAAGCUGCGUAACGAGAGGGGCAUUUAUCUUGCAUUGUGGAAAAAAUUGAAUGAAAAACUUAAUCAACUCAAAAAGGUGAAGCGAAAGGUUAUGCAAAAUGCUACGGAAGCGUACGAAUUCAGAGAAGACGCAGUUAGCAAACGACUGGCUCUGCAGGACAAAAACGAUAAGGAUAAGGCAGCUCACGAGGUGGAAAUGAGGGAUUUGUUGCGCAUAGCUGAUCACAAAGCACAGCUGCAAAAGUUCAUGACCAUCAAGGCCAAUGAACGCAACCAGUGGAAGCGCGAAGCCGAGGAGAGGAAAAGCAGAUAUGGCAAGUUUUGUUACAUUAUCACCUGUAUCCUUAAGCCUAGAUUUGCUGGCUCGUAUGACCGAUGUUACAAAUUAGCUCUACAAUCUGCUACAAAUUAA